UGUCGUGUCGGCUGGUCUCGUCAAGUCGCGUCAAACCUCGUCUCGUCUCAGUCUCUCAGUGUCCCGCGAAGCCCAUCGCGCAUCGCGCCGCGGAGUGGAGCGGCCCGAAGCACGGCGGUCGACGGUCGUGUGGGAGGGCCUCCAGGCCGAGGGCCUCCAGGCCUCGCGCGGGCCCGGCCCGGGUCGUGCGGCCAUGGACGGCAGCGCCGUGCCUAGCUCCACGGCGACGGUGACGCCGGCGCCGCCGUCGUCGCAAACGGUGCGCAGCCUGCCCGCGUCGCCGCGCGUCAAGGCCAAGAACGAGAAGAACAGCAACCUGCAGCAGAACAUCCAGGCCAGCCUCCAGGCGGGGCUGGGCCUCCUGUUCAAGUCGAGCGGCCAGCUCGACGAGGUCGCCAAGGGCAAGGACCACGAGGACGUCAAGAGGAAGCUGCUGCUGCCCGGCCCCACCGGCACCACGUCGGCGGGCAAGAAGAUCGUGAUCGUGCCGGCGGCCUCCGCGGCCGUGCCACCCGUUGCCGCUGACUCGGUCGUCAGCUCGAAAAAGGCCGCCGUCGAGCCGCCGUCGCCCGCGCUCAGCAUACGGAGGCCCGUGGCGGCGGCGGGUCCAGGUUCGAGUCCCGCGCCGGUCGCGGCCUCGCAGCAUGACAGCCCGCGGAAGCAGCGGCCCGCCACCGCGCCGACGCCGACGCCGCACGGCGGGCCGCACAGCCCCUUGGCGUUGAGCCGGUGCCCAAGCAAUGACGGCGUGCGGACGCCGCCCAGGACGCCGGCCAAUGGCCUCGCCAACGGCCCCGUCAACGGCGCGGCCAACGGCGCCGCGACCCCGGCCGGCGGCCAAGGCGCGCUCAAGGCGCACGUGGACGCCUUCACGCCGGGCUCCGGCCACCGGUUCCGCUCCAUGCGCUGCCUCCGGGACGACGGGGCCGUGCCGCCGUCGUCGUGCGCCUCGUGGGCGUCCAUGCACCUGCCCGCACUGCCGCCGCACGACGUGCACCUCCCCGGCCACGACCGCCACCUGCUGUCCGACGCCGCCUCCGUGCGCUCCCUGGCGUCCAUCGGCAUGGGCUCCACGGACGGCCGCAAGCUCACCAUCCGCCGCGUGCCCACGUCCCCCACCGAGCUGCUCAACUACUCCAUGAACGGCGCCAGGAUCCACGCCGAGUACGACUCGUCCUCCAGGAGCUCGUCGUGCAGCUCGGUGUCGGAGGGCGCGGCGCACCGGCCGACGCGGCGCGGCCACUGGGCCAACCGCGCCCAGUUCAUCCUGGCCUGCGUCGGGUACUGCGUGGGCCUCGGCACCGUCUGGCGCUUCCCGUACCUGUGCUACCGCAGCGGCGGCGGCGUGUUCCUCAUCCCGUACUUCGUGACGCUGCUGCUGCUCGGCAUCCCCAUGCUGUACAUGGAGAUGUCCAUGGGCCAGUUCACCCGCAGAGGGCCCAUUGGCGCGCUCUCCAUGCUGUGCCCGCUUUUCAAAGGUACAUGCGGGCUGUCGAGCGUCAUCAUCUCCUUUAUCAUGAGCACCUUCUACAACGUGCUCAUCGCCUACUCGCUGUACUACCUGUUCUCGGCCUUCCGGUCCGAGCUGCCCUGGAACUCGUGCGGCCACCGCUGGAACUCUCCGGUCUGCUGGUCGGGCCAGGGCGGCCAGCUGCACGGCGUCAACGACUCCCGCCCCGGAUUCCAAACCAAGUCGCUCCGUCUCUCUCGCACCGACACGGAGCGGCCCACGAGUGCGAGGGAGAGGGAGCGCGCAGUUUCGGAAUCAGCGUGUCGGACAACACGCGGCGCGAUGGCGUUGAGGGUCGCCUGGAGGUUUGGCCGCCGGCGAGGCCCUGGGCCUGGGCCUGGGCCCUGGGCCUGGACCCUGGCCUUCCAGACGCAAAGAGGGCCCUUAACAACCCCCUGCCCCCUCCCCCCUCCGCGCGCCUGUCCGCGCCAUCCCGUCCUGGCCAAUCAAAAUCGGUGGUUCGCUCCGGAAAUGCCCGGCCUUUGCGGGCUGGUCGGAAGGAACAAGGUGCUGCACAUGUCCCAGGGGCUGGACCAGCCGCUGUCGCUGCGCUGGGAACUGGUGGCCUGCCUGCUCGUGGCCUGGGUGCUGGUCUACUUCGCCGUCUGGAAGUCGGUGCGCUCCUCGGGCCGCAUGCUGUACCUCACGGCCACGCUGCCCUUCGUGCUGGUGCUCGUCUUCCUGGGCAGGGCGCUCACCCUGGACGGCGCCGACGAGGGCCUGCGCUACUUCUUCAAGCCCGUCUGGCACAAGCUCGGCGACGCCAAGGUUUGGGUGAACGCGCUGUCGCAGAACUUCAACUCGCUGGGCGUGGCGCUGGGCUCGGUGGUGUCGCUCAGCAGCUACAACCGGUACGACAACCCCAUCCUGGUGGACACACUGGCAGUGUCCUUCAUCUCCGUGGUGUCGUCCAUGCUCGUGGGGCUGUUCGCCUUCGCCACUAUCGGCAACAUCGCGCACGAGCUCAACACCACCGUGGAGGACGUCAUCUCGGACGGCCCGGGGCUGGUGUUCGUCCUGUACCCGCAGACCAUGGCCAAGAUGCCGGCGGCGCAGUUCUGGUCCGUGUGCUUCUUCUUCAUGAUGCUGUGCCUGGGCCUCAACACGCAGUUCGCCAUGGUGGAGGUGGUGGCCACGUCGCUGCAGGACGGCUUCUCUGGCUGGAUCAAGCGCCACCUCAGCAACCACGAGAUGCUGGUGCUCGUCAUCUGCGGCAUCUCCUUCUUCUUCGGCUUGCCCUGCGUCACCCGGGGGGGCAUCUACUUCUUCCAGCUGGUGGACCACUACACGGCGUCCAUCAGCAUCAUGUACCUGGCCUUCUUCGAGGUGGUGGGCGUGGCCUGGCUGUACGGCGCGGGUCGCCUGGCUAGGAACGUCCGCGACAUGACGGGCCACAUGCCCGGCCUGUACAUGCGCGCCUGCUGGUGGGUCGUCUCCCCCGCCACGCUGCUGGCGGUGUGGGUGUUCUUCCUGAUCGACUACGAGCCGCCCACGUACAACAACGGCCACUACCACUACCCCUGGUGGGCCGAGGCGCUGGGCUGGGGCAUCGCGUCGCUUUCGCUGGCCGCCAUCCCCGUCAUGGCCGUGCUGGCCGUGGUCAAAGCGGAGGGCGCCUCGCUCAAGGAGAAAUUGCUGGUGGCGACGAGGCCGCGCGUCCCGGAGAGCAAGCAGGGCUCCCCCCGCGGCGGCUCGCCCCUCCACGGCGUCAAGCCCGGCCAGGGAGGCGCGACCCUGCCCGAGGCCGCCACCCUCUUGGCGCACACCUCGCCCGGCAUCAACAUGGCCAACCCCGAGAAGGCCUGAGCGCGCCGUGGCGCGCCGCCAGUUGGUGUCCUCCAGUGUAGGACUGUGUGGCUGCCUACCUCAGACUCCGCAGGCGCUUGGCCUUGGACUAGAGUCCCAAGUCCCCACUGUAGGACUCUAUUGCCGACCAAGUCGCUCCGAGGGAAGUCCGCCCGUUGUUUAGCCGCGGCAGUGGCUGGCUUGUCGAUGAGGUGCGAGGAUGUGUGCGUGUGUCUGUGUGCUCGUGUGUGUGCGCGCGUGUCUGUGUGUGUGUGGAUAAACCAAUGGCUGUGAAAAGGCAAAUGUCUCAGUUUGCCGCUUCGGGUGGGCCGGGCCGUCGGCGCCGUCGGCCGGGCCAAGACGGGGCGCAGCAGGGACAGCAGACGAGGGGAGGGGCACUGCCAAUGGGCACCGCCCUGGGGCAGUGACACGGAUUCUCCCGACAGGGAAAACUAACGUCAAACGAAACUACCAGCAGAUCUGCUGUGACCAGUGAGCCUUUGUCAACCUGUCGAAUCAUUUAUAUCCGAACCACGAACCAUCAAGUUCCAUUCCAUGGUCUUUUACAGGACAUUUCCACGACUAGCAUUAAUUUAGAGUAAGCUUCAUUUUCUAGUCCGUCACUCUGAAGAAAGAUAAUUACUACCUAUUACUUAAGGCAACCCUGUAUGUUUAGUUACUCCGAGAGCACAGGCUAAAGGUGUGUUCUUUGCGUGUUUUACUGGGUACCUGCAGAGUACACCACGCUUUUCUUGCUCAACUCAUUGUAAUGUUUUCUGUAGACUUAGUUGAAAAUGAUAAAAAAUAAUAGGUUUUAGCCAGAUGCAUGACAAAUAUAUUUAAUGAAACCUUACAGAGACCUAUACUUUGAAGUGAUGUUGUUUUAUGGAAAGUAAUGUAUUGAUUUACUAACUGGCAGUUCUUACUGCUUAGAAAUGACGCAUCUAUGGGGAAUAUCACACAAUGCUGAACAGGCAUCAUAGCAAGUGCCCUGUAUCCAUAUUUAUUUUCAGGAGGGGGGGAUAAACGGCAGUGGCUUGGCCUCUGUCUAGUGACAAUUAGAAAUGAGGAAGAAAAAUAAUCAUAAGAAUAAAAAUAAUGUAUUGUAUCAAAGUACAAGAAUAAUAAUCGAGCUAUGUUCAGUCAUCUUUAUCA